AUGACUAUCUAUAAAACGAGUUUUUCAAGCAUAUCAGUUAUUUUGUUCAAAAAUACUGAAUUAUUCAAUAUCACCAGCAAAGAUCAAUACGAAGGAACAUUGUGAUAUAUAUAUAUAUAUCAGUUCGAAAGCUGCAUAUGACGGACGUCAAAGCGAUAAGCUCAAAUUAAUAUGGAUCGAAAACCACAAUUUCUGGGUUUGUUAUUGCUCAUUUGGUUGAUGUUUGAAGGAUAUGUCUGUCAGACUACCUCGACCCCAUCCGAUGACUUAUGUGACUGCGACUGUGACUACAUGGACAAGAUAGAAUAUUUCAACAACGCCUCCAAUUCCUACGUCAACAAAACCAAAGAGGAGCUGGUGCUGAUGUUAGAGAAAGAGUUAGAAGAGGUGAAGAAUGUCCUAGAGGUUAAAAAAGCAGAAAUCCCCGCCGUCAAGGCCCGUAAAAUCAGCGCCACCGAUGCUAGGCCCUCCGCCCAGAAUGUAGGGAUGAUAGGUGUGGCCUUCAUGGUGAUUGUGUUCGGGGGGAUCGUGGUGCUGGAUCUGCUGUCUCUUCCACAGUACAUCAAAUCUCUCAAGGAGAGAUGCUGUUAGACCAGUGCUACAAAGAAAAAAAAUAUCGGAUAUCGACAUCCAACUCACUGAUUAGUAAUAUUUUCCCUGCAUACGUAAAAUUGUAGUUAUUCUGGUAAAGUUGUUGUGUGAGAGAUAUGGCUUAUGUAAACUUGAACAUAUUUCAACUUAAACAUAAAUCUUUUACUUGAAGACAAUGGGAAAACUAUUAAAGGGGCACUAGCUGUCAUUCAAGUAAUGUUUGCCAAUAUUGUUACCAAAAUGACGAACACAUUUACAGUACAUAAAACUCAACACUGACAUAUUAAAAUUCAUACAUUUUGCAACCCUUUGUUGUAAUUUUGACAUUAGAAUUUCAGUUGUUUACAUAGAAACAAUGACACAAACAUUAUUUUAUGGAAGUAUAUAAUUCAUUGCGGCGAAAGUUUGCAUAAUUUUGACAUGAUUUGAUUGGAGGUGGCCUUUCUUUCGCUCUCAGAUUAAUUUUUCUUCAUUUGUUUUAACGCAUCUUAAUCACGGUUCAGAAUGUUUACAUCCCAGUUGACAGAUGUUACUUUUGCAUCAUUUUGUCAUUAAACAUUGGAUUCAAUGAAAUUUACUCUGUAUUACAUAUUUCAGUAAUAACAUCAGUAUUUAAUUAUUUCAAACACUUAUUAACCUCAAAGCUGGCACAUGAAUGUGUAAUUUUGGUAAUUAGAUACUUAUUGUCUUGCAAGACAAUAAUUCUUCUUUAUAUAUUUCUUAACACUAAAAGCGUUAUCUAACGUAGUUUUAUUAGCUUACUCUUGUUUUUGUACAAAAUAAAUUUUUUUAGUCAUUCAUAUAUAUUCCUAUGCCAUUGGGAGAUUUUGAGAAAAAAUUGUUGCCUUCUAUCAAAGCUAAUGCCCCUUUAAUUGUUUUUUUUUUUAAAUAGAUGACACACGUUAACAAACUCUUGAAAUACCACGUGAUCAUCAAAACUGUAUUUUAUAAUAUGUAUUUAUCGUAUGUAUUUAUUAUGUGUAAUAUACUGUUUCAGUUUGUUAUCUUGAUUUCAGUCAUUGUCAUGCCUUGACGACACAUGUUUUUAUACAUAUCGUUCACUUUUUGAUGGUAAAUAAAUAAGUAGUCUUUCA